CACCUCUCGGGCCUCAUGUGCAAUGUUCACAGAACGACGGGUCGUGAGCCCCAUGCGCUGGUCGGAGCCACAACCACCAUUUUGGGCGACAAACUCUAUGUUUUUGGAGGAAGGAUUCUGUCUAGAAGCCGACCUGCCCCUUUAACAUCAGACAUGUACGAACUGGAUCUUAUUAGGCGGCACUGGACGAAGUUGGAGACGACAGGCGAUGUUCCACCUCCUCGAUACUUUCACUCCAUGUGCGCGCUUGGAGAUACCAAGAUGGUCUGCUAUGGAGGCAUGUCGCCUGCCCCUAACCAACCCCCUGGCGGUGACCAACCUGAAAUCACCGUCAUGUCUGAUAUUUACAUUUACGACGUCACGACCAGAACGUGGACCUUCAUCCCGACCCAGGACCCUCCUCAAGGCCGGUACGCCCACUGUGCCUGUAUUCUCCCUUCAUCCGCCACCUUUUCCUCGCACCGCGCACCUCUAUCCGCUCUUCAGCAUAACCCUUCGUCCGGGAACCCCAACGAAGGUCGCAUUGGUAUCAACAUUGACGGUGCGGGAGGUGCUGAAAUGGUGAUUGUGGGUGGACAAGACGGCAGGAACAACUAUAUCGAGCAGAUCAGCGUAUUCAACUUGCGAAGCCUGAAAUGGACAUCUACACAGCCUCUGGAUAGGAGCUGGGGCGCAUACAGAAGCGUGACGGCUCCAUUGCCCCCUGCAGUGGCAGCCAAGCUCGGUCGACGACACUCAAAUGGAGUUCAACGCACAGAAGGAGGAAUCAGCCAGGAGGCCCGAGAACCAGGAUCGUCUAUGCUCAUUUACUGCAACUACAACUUUUUGGAUGUCAAGCUGGAACUGCAGAUUCGCGCACCAGACGGAACUCUGACAGAGAGGCCCAUGUCAGGAACAUAUUCGCCCCCCGGAUUGCGAUUCCCGAAUGGAGGAGUUAUCGAUACACACUUUGUGGUCAGCGGAACGUACCUCACAUCGUCUCGACAGGAGUAUGCUCUCUGGGCCCUGGAUUUGCGGACACUCACGUGGAGCCGGAUUGAUGCUGGAGGAAGUGUGUUUAGCCAGGGCAGCUGGAAUCGUGGAGUCCUUUGGAACCGACGAAACACGUUUGUCAUUCUAGGCAACCGGAAGAGAAGCCUCGUCGAUGACUAUAAUCAUCGACGAAUCAACUUUUCCAACGUGUGUAUGGUUGAGCUGGAAGCUUUUGGGUUCUAUGAUAACCCACGCAAGACAAGCCCUCUAUCCGGUUUCAUCUCUGCCAGCAGUCCUUAUGCGGGCCCUGGACUCAGUCUCGCGCGCAAAGCUGGGUACACAGCGGGUGGAAGACACCACUCGAGGGCGAGCGAAGAGCUUGGUGAGAAGGCAUUUACUCUACGAGAGCUGUCAGAUAUGGAUAUUCUGUGCAUCGGGGGCGAGCGAAUCCCUGUCAACUCGAGGAUUGUUGGACGACGAUGGGGACCUUACUUUGUGCAGCUCCUGAGAGAGGGUACGGCAACUCAGGAUGGAAGUGACGCCAUGACUCUCCGGUCUGGUCUGGCGAGCAAUCCCCUACGAGCAUCAGCCAUCACCAUCACGCCGAGUUCUAGGACAGCCGAGAGCUCUGGAUCCAUGAGUAGCACUAUUGGAUCAUUGGGUUCAUCUGGCAUCCCGGCAAGCACAGCACCUUCAAGCAUCUCUGCUGGGGCUAUGGGCCACGAGGCCAAUCCGACCAACAUCAAUGCCGCGCCUACGCCUCAUUCGCUACCACCAAACUCACGACCGCGAUGUCUUUACUUGCCACACACCUAUCUCACGAUCCAGGCUCUCCUUCACUUUCUCUACACAAGCUCCCUGCCCCCGCCAUCUUCUCCGCUCUGUACACCCCAGAUUCUCUGCUCACUCUUGCAAAUUGCGCGACCCUAUCGUAUCGAUGGGCUUCUUGAGGCAGUUGUCGAACGACUUCAUGCUCUACUUGACAGCCGAAACGCAGCAGCCGUGUUCAACGCAACAGCAAUGGCUGCCGGAGGAGGACGUGGUAUUGAUGGAUCACUCAACCCCAACUUCUUUGUGGGAACUCUUGACCCUGUUGGCUCGCCUACUGCUACAUCGGACUUUUCCUUGGGUCAUGGAGCUAGCGACAGCUUUUCUUCAGAUAUCCAAGCACGAACCGAAGGUCUUAGUCUCAACACGAAUGUACAGCAGCCUAACCGUCCCCCAAGCGACGAACUGUCAGCGACAACAAGCCAGAGCGGUUCAGAGUGGAGCUCUUCAGAGAUUGGUGGCAGCGAGAGGGAGAACUUUGUGUGGAGUGGCGAGCUUAGUAGCGUGAUUGGGCUGCAGAAACGAGGACUGCGAGGGCUGAUGGAGGGUAGAAGGAUGAGAGAAAGGACA